UAUUCUUUGCACAGAAUAGGAAGGAGGUUCGCUUGCUUCGCGCAGAGGGUGAGCUACAGGAGAAAGCAGAGCCAAUGUGAUUUAUUGAAUGAAAGCACUGGACAAUUACCAACAACUUGUUCCUCUGCUGCCUCUAACAGCCUAAGCUGGAACUGCCGAGUGAAAAUGACCCAACAAAUGCAGAAUUUACAUCUUUCUCAAUCAAAAAAGCACAGUGCCCCCUCGUCCCCCAGUGCUGCCAAGCGCUUGUACAGGAACCUCUCAGAGAAGCUGAAGGGCACCCACGCGUCCUUCGAUGAGGCCUAUUUUAGAACCAGAAGCGACCGGCUGAGUCUCAGAAAGACCUCGGUGAAUUUCCAGGGCAAUGAAGCCAUGUUUGAGGCAGUUGAGCAGCAGGACCUGGAUGCUGUGCAAGUCCUCCUCUACCAAUAUACACCAGAAGAAUUAGAUCUGAACACUCCCAACAGUGAGGGACUGACACCCCUGGACAUUGCCAUCAUGACCAACAAUGUGCCCAUUGCUAGAAUUCUUCUGAGGACAGGGGCCCGAGAGAGUCCACACUUUGUCAGCCUGGAAAGCCGAGCUAUGCAUCUCAACACAUUGGUCCAGGAGGCACAGGACAGGGUGAGUGAACUGUCUGCCCAGGUGGAGAGUGAAGGAUUCACUCUGGACAACACAGAGAAGGAGAAGCAACUGAAGGCUUGGGAGUGGAGGUACCGGCUCUACAGGCGAAUGAAAACGGGCUUCGAACAUGCCAGAGCCCCAGAGGUGCCGGCCAAUGUCUGUCUCAUGGUAACAAGCAGCACAUCGCUCACCGUCAUCUUCCAGGAGCCCCUCAGCGUCAACGCUGCUGUAGUGACCAGGUACAAAGUGGAAUGGAGUAUAUCUAAAGACUUCUGUCCUUUGGCUGGGGAGAUCAUCAUGAACAAUCUGCAGAACCUGAGGUGCACAAUCACAGGCCUCACCAGGGGCCAACAAUAUUUUGUUCAAGUCUCAGCCUACAACAUGAAAGGAUGGGGACCAGCUCAGACCACGACACCAGCGUGUGCCUCUCCCUCUAACUGGAAAGACUAUGACGACAGAGAGCCCAGACACCAGGGACAGAGCGAGGUUCUGGAGAGUCUGCUGCAGCAGGUCCGAGCCCUUCAUCAGCGUCACAGCUGCCGGGAAAGUUCAAAAUUACAAAGCACAGGCCGCAAGCAGUCAGUGUCGAGGAGCCUGAAGCAUCUAUUCCAUUCCUCAAACAAGUUUGUGAAGACCUUAAAACGGGGACUCUACAUAGCUGUUAUAUUUUAUUAUAAAGAUAACAUGUUAGUCACCAAUGAAGACCAAAUACCAAUUGUUGAAAUAGACGACUCUCACACCAGUUCUAUUGCACAAGAUUUUCUGUGGUUCACAAAGCUGUCUUGUAUGUGGGAAGACAUAAGGUGGCUGAGGCAAAGUGUACCUAUCUCCAUGUCCUCCUCCACAGUGCUACAAACUCGGCAGAAAAUGCUUGCUGCAACAGCCCAGCUACAGAAUUUACUUGGAACACACAACUUGGGAAGAGUCUACUAUGAACCCAUUAAAGAUAGGCAUGGCAACAUACUCAUAGUCACCAUCAGAGAAGUGGAGAUGCUUUAUUCUUUUUUUAACGGCAAAUGGAUGCAGAUCUCAAAACUGCAAAGCCAGAGGAAGUCUCUGUCAACACCUGAGGAACCAACAGCCUUAGACAUUUUACUAAUAACCAUCCAGGAUAUUCUUUCCUAUCACAAAAGGAGUCAUCAGCGUCUCUCUCCUGGAUUAUAUCUAGGUUAUCUAAAGCUAUGUAGCUCUGUGGAUCAGAUCAAAGUUCUCGUAACACAAAAGUUGCCGAACAUUCUCUGCCAUGUGAAGAUCCGAGAAAACAAUAACAUUUCCAGAGAGGAGUGGGAAUGGAUCCAAAAGCUUUCUGGCUCUGAAUCUAUGGAAAGUGUGGAUCAUGCUUCUGACUGCCCCAUGCAAUUGUUCUUCUACGAGCUCCAGAUGGCAGUGAAAGCUCUCCUCAAGCAGAUCAAUAUACCUCUGCACAAGGCAAGGAACUUCCGCCUCUACACACAGGAGGUGUUGGAAAUGGGUCACAAUGUGUCCUUUCUUCUCCUGCUCCCUGCCUCAGACGACGUCUGUACAGCCCCAGGACAGAAUAAUCCUUACACCCCACACUCAGGGUUUCUUAACCUCCCUCUUCAGAUGUUUGAACUCGUUCAUUUUUGCAGCUACAGAGAGAAAUUUAUUAGUCUGUAUUGCCGCCUUUCUGCCGUUGUGGAGCUGGAUUCUCUGAAUACCCAACAGUCCCUGAGGGAAGCAAUCUCAGACAGCGAGGUUGCAGCUGCCAAACAAAGACACCAGCAAGUGUUAGACUUCGUUCAGCAAAUAGAUGAAGUCUGGCGUGAAAUGAGAUGGAUCAUGGAUGCUCUGCAGUUUGCAAGAUACAAGCAACCAGUCUCUGGCUUGCCCAUCACUAAACUCAUAGACCCCUCCAAAGAGCAGAAUCUAAAGAAGAUCAGCUCCACGUCAUCACAUAUAGACUGUCUUCCAUCAACAUCCCCAUCCCCAGAGACGCACAGAAGAAAGACAGUGAGUGAAUCACAGCCCUGCUCUGACGAAGAAGGCUGCUCAGAAGUCUUCCUCCCAACCGACAGCGACUACGACUCCAGCGACGCCCUGAGCCCACGAGACCUAGACCUGGUCUACCUGUCAUCGCAUGACAUCUCUCAGCAGGCCCUCAGUGGCCUCAGCGGCAGCGCCCCCGACGUGCUCCAGGUGCAUGACGUGAAGGCUUCGGCGGGGCAGGAUGCGCAGGGCCUGGCGCAGGCCCCAGACACUGACCACUCCUGUGCCGAGUUUCUCCACAGCCUGACCCUCACCGGCUUGGCGCCCAAGAACCAUGCCAAGAUGGCGCCCGGCGGGCGGCCGCCGCUGGGCUUCCUGGGGAGGCGGAAACCCGGCAAGCACCAGCACUAUGGCGGCUUCAGCCGUCACCACCGCUGGCUGCGCAUGCACAGCGAGACGCAGUCACUGUCGCUGUCCGAGGGUGUUUACACGCAGUACCUGCCUCGAUCCUGCGGCCAGGCCCGGGAUCCCGGGGAGGCGGAGCGGCCUGGGCCUGGCCUGGAUGGGCCCCGAGGCCUGGCGCUGGCCCACGCAGCCAGCCUCCCCGAGGAGCGGAGGAGCUGCCUCCAGGACCCCAGGCCUUCGCUGCGGCGAGUCUACGUGGAACCCUACCCUGAGACACUCGUGGGCUCAGACCCAAAGCUGUGGACUGGCUUGAGCCCGACCCCUGCAGGCCGUGCCAGCCUGCCAAGCCCUACGGGCUCAGAGAUGAGUCCAGAAGGCCCCACAUCCCCAGUGUCAGGAAUACUAAGCAGUAUGCUCUAG